AUGUCAGCCAUCAUGCGCGAGUGGCAGCUGGAGCAGGACCGUCGCCUUAUGAAGUUCAACACGCACGAGGACUACCUGGACUCGCUGGUGGCGGACCAGGACAUGACGUACCUGCGGGGAGCCGAGCCCAGAAUCCUGGCCGAGCUCGGAUACAGGAGCGCGGGCAACACGCUGACGCGCGGCCAGUUCCUGAAGCGGCUGCGCGCCGUGACCGAGGCCCUGUACCCGACGCGCAACCAGUACCUGGAGGACAACAGCGGCAUCCUCAUCUCGGACCCGCUGCUGCGCGAGCUGGCCCAGCGCGAGCGGGCCAACCGUGUGGGCUUGCUGGCGACCAUCAUCCACCUCCACAUGGUGAGCUCGCUGGGCUACGAGCUGUCCGGGUACGUGGACUUCGCGGACCGGCUGUCCAGGGAGAACUGGGUGCCCUACUUCAAGGGCGAGCGCACCCUCACGCCGGCCAGGAACGACCUGGCCUUCUACCACUGGCGCAUGGACCAGGCGCGCUGCAAGUCCACCAACAACUUCAAGGUGAUGCCGGACCCGCGGCGCGGCCUCCUGUUCAAGCACCGCAAGGACCGGCUGCGCGUCUGCGUGGACCCGGCCGUGGCGCCGGGGCCCAACUCGACCCGCACGCGCGUCUCGUCGCCGCAGUACAUCAGCUGCGUCCUCAUCGACCACGUCGUCCGACAGAAAUGCUAA